CUUUCUCUCUCAUCACUUCUCUCUCUCUCUCUCUCUCUCUCUCUCUCACAUGCCCCAUUCCUCUCCACCAUGCGUGACGACACCAGUUCCAAGGCUCGCCUUCAAAAACCCCUGAUCUCUCUCAAAACCCUCGUUAUCUGCAUUCCAAUGGCAUCAGUCAUUACUCUCUCUCUCCUCCUCCUCUUUCUCUCUCCUCUCCCUGCCACCCUCUCUAAACCACCGCCCAUAAACCACCUUCCCCACCCCAAAAUUGGGGUCCCCAAGCCCCCAAAACCACCAAAUGGAAGCACCCAACAAAACCCAAAUGAUGUUUCUCCCCUUAUUCAAUCAGCCUGCAAUUCCACCCAGUACCGAACAACCUGUGUAACCUCUCUAAUGAAAACCACCUUUCCCACUCCAAAUCCAUUGGCCAUUGACAUUGUUUUAGCAUCAAUGGACCUUUCUCUUGAAUCCCUGAAAACUGCUCAAUCCAUGUCCAAAACCAUCUUGGAUUCUUCUUCAGGUAACAUAAACCAGUCUUCAGCUGCCAAAAAUUGCCUUGAAUUCUUGAACUACUCCUCUAUGAGGCUCUCAUCGUCCAGAAACCAGGAAACAGUUAAAACCCACAUCAAAGAUGUGAAGGCCUAUCUGAGUGGAUCAUUACUUUACCAAUAUGACUGCUGGUCUGCAUUGAAAUAUGUCAAUACAACCAGUCUUGUGAAUUCCACCAUGGCUUAUUUGAAUUCUCUAAUGGAGCUAACAAGCAAUUCACUGAGCAUGGUUUAUGCCUUGGAUUUUUAUGGGGCUGAUACCACCACUUGGAAACCACCCAAGACAGAGAGGGAUGGAUCUUGGGGUAGUUUUGGUGGUGGUAACAGUGCCUUUCAUGGGAAAAAAGGUGGUUUUGGGGGUGGCAAGAAAGGUGGUUUGAGAGAUGGGGAUGGUGGUUUUUGGGAUGAGAAGGUGGUUUUGGAGGGGAUGAAGGUGGAUGCAACUGUUUGCAAGGAUGGGGCCUCUGGAUGUUUGACACGUGUACAGGAUGCAGUUGAUGGAGCGCCUGAUUAUGGGAAGGGCAAGUAUGUCAUUUAUAUAAAGGAAGGUGUGUAUGGGGAGGUAGUGAGAGUUGGGGUGAGCAAGAGGAAUUUGGUAUUUGUUGGGGAUGGGAUAGGGAAGACUGUAAUUACAGGGUCUAUGAAUGCUCAACAACCAGGAGUUUCAACCUACAACACUGCAACUGUGGGGAUCAAUGGUGAUGGUUUCAUGGCGAGGGACAUAACAUUUGAGAACACAGCUGGGCCAAAUAGUCAUCAAGCUGUGGCCCUGCGCUCUGACAGUGAUCUCUCCAUCUUCUUAAAUUGUGAAUUCCUGGGUAACCAAGAUACUCUCUAUGCUCACUCCAUGCGCCAGUUCUACAAAUCUUGUCGCAUCGAGGGCAACGUCGAUUUUAUCUUUGGCAAUUCAGCCACUUUCUUCCAGGACUGCAUUAUACUAGUCCGGCCUCGCCAGCUCAAGCCUGAAUCGGGUGAGACAAACGCAGUAACUGCCCAGGGUCGCACUGACCCCGCACAAAUCACAGGCUUUGUGUUUGAGAAUUGUCUGGUAAAUGGAACCCAAGAAUACAUGGGCUAUUACUAUAAAAAACCAAAGGCCCAUAAGACUUACUUAGGCCGGCCAUGGAAGCAGUAUUCUCGAACAAUUUUCGUGAGGUGUUACAUGGAUGUUCUGAUAACACCUGAAGGGUGGUUGCCUUGGAGUGGGGACUUUGCGCUCUCGACGCUCUAUUAUGGCGAAUAUGGGAAUUCGGGCCCCGGGGCAAAUCUCUCUGGGAGGGUACCAUGGUCUAGUCAGAUUCCAUUAGAGAGACUGUCUCUAUAUUCCAUAGAGAGUUUUAUACAGGGUGAUCGAUGGAUCACAGGUGGAUAGAAAUAGUUCUUUAGAACAGAGAGCUUGUGAACUCUGAUCCACAGUUGAAGUUCAGUCAUUUUUUAUUUGAUCUUCAUCGUUUAAUAUUCCUAAAAAAAUUUAAGUGGAAGAUCUCUUGAACUCAAAACCACGGUUCAAUUCAAGUAACUUGUAAAGAAAAAGGAUCGACGAACAUGUUACUUCGAAAUGGACGUUAGAAUAAGUGAACUCUCAACUCCUUGAGUUUCCCUGAUCCUUCCUACAGUAAACCCUAAACCCCCAACACCAACAAUACCCAUAUUACCUCUCAAGCUCCCAUCAAAAUCGAGUACCCCAAUCCUUCCUACAGUAAUUGCCAUGUCCUUCCUCUUCUAGGCUUUCUGUAAUGCAGUCUCACAGCUAUUAUGGUGUUAAACAUUGUCUCCUCCUUGGUUACACUUGCAGAUUUUCUCCUUGCAAGUGCCCAUGAAGCUGACAUUGCUAAUAUAUGUGACUUUAUGCGAUUGGCAUCCAAUUCUUUACCCUCAAAAGAUCGUUGGUUGCGGUCUCUUUCUUCGCGAAUUAGUUUGAAGUUCUUUUGAAAGAUUGAUGUGGUACUUCAAGAUCAAUUGUAGGAUGUUGUUUGUAUACUCUGAAAGGAAAACUAUGCAAAGAGGCAUUUACUUCUGAUACAAAGAGGUCACAACUACUUUUGUCUGACAUAUUUCAAAUAAAUAAGAGUAUUAUUG